AUGUCGUGGUUCCAUUUUAAGAAGGUAUUCUUUGAAAGAUACUUCCUGGCUUCCACCUGUGACGCAAAGGCAAACGAAUUCUCAAGUUUGACCCAGGGGAUCCUGAUAGUGCAAAGUUACGCAGCUAGAUACAUGGAGCUAUCACAUUUUGCGCCAUUGGAUAAAGCCAUCGUCGUUGAGGCUGGUCUCCUAGAGGAUGAGGUGGUACAGGAUCAGAAGAAGAGGUUAAUGCCUUUUGGUUCUCAGAUUGGUUCUUGUCAUGGGCAGUGGAAGAAAAGGAACUACAGUUUGGGUAAUCGCGAGAGUACAGAACCAUGGGGUCCACAGGGGAAUCGAUCUCACAAGCGUUGUACCAGGUGCAACAAAUGGCAUGAUGGUGAAUGUCAGUCGUUUGUGGGUAACUGUUACAGCUAUGGCAAAUUAGGUCACAAGUCCUGA